AACGUGGACAAAAGCAACUUCCCCAAAACCUGUUCUGUCCACUGCAUGAACUCAAUCUCACUCUACAACCUGCUGGACUCUUUAUUUCUACGCGAACCUCUUCCUACAAUACCCUGGGACUAUCCUUUUCUACGCGACACGCUUCCUACAACCGCACGCUGCCGGACUUAUUGCGCUGCUAGACCCUGUACAUCAAUUCCAGUGUACCAGACCUCCCACAAUACCUCGCUGCGGCGCGCACACUCCGCAUACUACACAGCUUCCCGAUGUCGCGUCCUACGGUUUCCAAGGCGCAGACUUCGUACCCUAUCUUUGCCGCUAGCUUCGCGUCCCAACGUCCAAGCCUGCUCGUCGUCGCAGGUGGUGGUGGUGCGGGAAAGCAUGGUGUCAAAAACAAUAUUACGGCGUUUGACUUCAGCUCACGAGCUCCGACUGUCCAACCUCUUGCAGAGGUCGAAGCUUCGGUAGAUGAUAGCAUAACGAGCUUGGCGAAUUUAGCAACGAAGGAUGGGCUGAUACUGUAUGCUGGGAUAAACAGUAGUCAGGAAGACAGGGCAAGAGGGAAAAACGAACACUUCCGAUCCUUCGAGUUACAAUUCCCGAAGAGCAAAGCGGGUGCAGAGAAAUCGGACGCAUCGAUUUCGUUUCUCAGCAAGACCUCACUUCUUACACCACCGCAGUCAGCGAGCGCAAAGCAUGACGCGUACCAACGACUAGUAAAGCUAAGCCCACCACAACGGCCGGCUUCGAGUACGCCAAACCAUCGGAUAGGUGCUGUCGCAAGUUCGCUCGCAGGUGAUGAUAACAACGAGAUUGUCAUAUUCAGUGCGACUUCGACCAAGCCCCAAAAUGAGGAAAUAAUAGAAAGGAUUAAGUUACCUCAUGGGCAGGAGGCGGUCGAUCUUGACAUCUUCGAUUUGGGAGAAGGCUUGUUCAAAGUCGCAUACGCGCUGGAUCAGGAAAUCUUUCUCCAGGAUGUGAAAUACGACUUCAGCGAAAAGAAAUCUAAGGGGGGGCAUAGGAAGGUCUACACAAUUCCGCAGCUGAACUCGGGCGGCCGAUCAAGAAUACGGUGCAUACGCUGGUUGACACCGACACACCUUCUGCUACUCGUAAAUGAGCCCAAUCGGACCGGCGUGGAGAUGAAAGUGUUGCAUUUGUAUGAAGAGGGUCCGGCGCAUGUAAUUUCACGAAAAAAGCUUCCACGACAUAUCAAAGCCGCGACGGAUCUUGACGUUGCGUUGCUCGACAAAGAUUCUUCGGGCCAAUAUCAGAUUGCCAUUGCUAUUGGCGCGAUAGACAUGUCUCUCAGCGUAUACACGAUGGAUUAUCAUGGCCCUUCAAGGGACUCAUUGAGCUCGCUCCAUUCUUUCAACAGCUACGACAACGUUCACGGAACAGCGAUGACAAAGGUGGUCUUCUCGCCGUUCUACAAGCCUGAAGUCCCAGGGCGGCCAGUGGGAAAACAAUAUCUCCGCCUAGCGUCCACCUCAUUGAGUGGCACGAUCAGUGUCGAAACCUUCCAAUUGCAACCCACCGGCUCGCGCUUCGUUCUUCAUACGGCGAGGUCAAGAAACCUUUUUACAGCAGCGACUUACCUCGUUAUCGCCAUGGUUGUUGCUGUGGUGGCCCUUCUAGUACAAAGUUUGCUGGAUCCAGAGGGCAAUCUGACUAAGAAUAUACUUCCUUCGAGUCUGCAAAACGCAGCAAGCCAGCAAAAGACCUUUGGCGAAUCACACCGCGAAAAACGACACAACGCCAUACUCAACAACGCCGACUCCCCCAUAGUAAAGACAUCCCACCGUGUCGCUGACCUCCUCCACCUCCAUCUACCUCAUGCCCUCUCCUCAUCGCCAGACGCCCCUGCAUCUGCCGACCAACAACAAAAAGCUUUGGUAAUCCACGACACCGAAACCGAUGGCACUCUCAGCACAGAAAUCCACGACGACCACGAAGCAGUGCUUAAGCAGCAUGCACAGGCAAAGAAGUGGGACGACCUUAGUACGGAGGAGAGGAAGCUAUGGAAGAGGAAACUGCAGGAUGCGGGGAUGUGGGCGGUCGAUGAGGGUGAGACGAUUCUCAAAAGCAUUUUCUUUGGACAAAUUGGCGGAUUGAUAGGGCAGGUUGCACAGGGGGUAAUUGGGUAGGCAGGCGCAAAUGAGAGCCGACGUUUGAAAUACUGAACCGAGAAUGGCGAGGAUGUUGCUGUGAUGAGAAUGAUACAUGAGGCUGGGGCCUAGGUCCAUGGAGUUACAUUGCUUCCCGUGUUGCUCGGUGAGUGGACGUGUAUUAGAAUGGGCGGGAAGUGUCUCUAACUUGGGCAUCAUCUGACAAGCGCGAAUGUAAUACCCCCUUCAAAUAUAUCUCAAAGAAAGCUGUAGCUUUGUACCAAAUUACCUAGCUCAACUCAUAAGGCUCCAUU